AGCGCGCACAGCAUGUGACCGCCCCGCGCGCGCCUCCCCUCCCCCCACCUCCCACCUCCUCCCCCCCCCUGGAUGUCUGGGCUGGGUCCCCCCCACACGUCCUGGCCGCCCCCGCUCGCGUUGGGCGGGGCGCCGAUGGGCGACAAGGGCUAUGUCCUCGCGCACGUGCUCGAGGUGCUGGUGCCCGGCUGCGCCCCCGGGGCAGAGCUCUCCUGCGAGGUGGCCGUCGGCGGCGCCAAGGUGCGGUGCCCCGUGCCCUCCACGCUGCGCGGCGACAACGUGGCCCUGUCCACCGGCGGGCACCACGAGGCCAUGGUCCAGAUCCAGGCGUUCGACCCCGAGCGCCGCUGCGCCGGCCGGGUGGUGGUCCCGACAGCCACGCUGGCGCCGUUGGAGGUCUGGAGCGUGUGGUACGCUAUCGACGAGAUUGACAGCGCCCACGGCCCCACAAACACGCCGGUGGACGAGACGGGGAAGAUGCACCUCCUCUUGCAGUACGUGCCGUCUGAGGCCGCAGCGCAGGAGUGCCCGCGCGCGCGCGAGGUGCGUGGACAGCACUUCCUGCUCAGAGCCCUCCAGGCGCUCAACUCCUCCCUGGAGGCGAGGACGUCGGCUGGCGACCACGCAGACGCGGAGGGAGACGAUGCUUCCGCGGACCUCCUGGGAGACGCUGCAGAUGCGCGCAGCCCUCCUCCGGGGCGCCCCCGCCGCACCCGCGGCGGCCUCGGCAGGCGAUUCGCUGCCAGGGGAGCGGCCGGCGGCCGCCGCCGCGCGGCCGCGGCCGCAGC